UGCAUGAAGAUUACAAAAGCCCUACAAUCCCAAAUAUCAGCCAUCACCAACGGCUUCUUGCACCUCCAAUCCGGCGGACUCAACUACGCCGCCUAUGGCCGCCUCAUCCAACAAUGCACCGACCGCGGCCUCCUCCGCCAAGGCAGGCAGCUUCACGCCAGCCUCGUCCUCUCCGCCGUCGUUCUCGACAACUUCCUCGCGUCAAAGCUCAUCGCUUUCUACUCCAAAUCAAGCCACCUCUGGGAAGCCCACCACGUGUUCGCCGGAAUUCCUCACCGAAAUACUUUCUGUUGGAACGCCAUGCUUAUUGGGUAUUCCUCCAACAACAUGUUUGUCGAAACGCUCGGGUUGUUCUCGAGAUGGUUGUCUUGUAUGUCGGCGUCUGCAAAACCGGAUAAUUUUACGGUAACCUCGGUUUUGAAGGCGUUGGCGUCGUUGUUUCCGGAGUUACAUUUGGCUAAAAUGAUUCAUUGUUUUGUUAUCCAAAAUGGUUUUGAUUCGGACAUCUUUGUUUUGAAUCCUUUGAUCACAUAUUACUCGAGGUGUGACGAUAUCGCUUCGGCGAGGACUUUGUUUGAUAGCGGGCCUGAGAGAGAUCUUGUAACGUGGAAUUCAAUGAUUGCUGGGUAUUCUCAAGCAGGUUAUUAUGAAGAUUGCAAGAAUUUGUACAGGGAAAUGGUUGGUUUGGAGGGUUUAAGACCAAAUGGGAUCACAGCAGUCAGUGUGUUGCAGGCAUGUGCACAAUCAAAUGAUCUUGUGUUUGGAAUGGAUGUUCAUCAGUUUGUCAUUGCAAAUGACAUUGAAAUGGACCUUUCGCUUUGUAAUUCAAUUAUUGCAUUAUAUGCCAAAUGUGGUAGCUUGGAUUAUGCAAGAGAACUUUUUGAGGACAUGAGUGAGAAGGACGAAAUUACUUAUGGUGCACUUAUUACUGGGUACAUGGUUCAUGGAUUUGCAGACCAAGCUUUGGAUCUUUUCCAAGAAAUGACAAGCCCGGGAUUGAGCGUAUGGAAUUCUGUGAUAUCAGGUUUGGUCCAGAACAACCAGCACCAAGGAGUUAUUGAAUUAUUUCGUGAGAUGCAGUCGUUCAAUCUUAGACCAAACUCAGUGACACUUUCAAGCAUUCUGCCUUCUAUUUCACAAUCUACAUAUCUAAGAGGUGGGAAAGAGAUACAUGCAUAUGCAAUUAGAAAGGAUUGUGAUAGAAAUGUCUACGUGAAAACUGCCAUUAUUGAUACCUAUGCAAAAUUGGGGUUUCUGGACAAGGCACAAAGAGUGUUUGAUCAGUCAGAAGACAGGAGCGUAAUUGUUUGGACAGCAAUAAUCUCAGCUUAUGCAUCACAUGGAGAUGGUAAGGCAGCAACUUAUCUAUUUGAAAAGAUGCUGAAUGAUGGGAUUAGGCCAGAUCACGUGACAUUCACGGCAAUAUUGACUGCUUAUGCCCAUUCUGGAGUUGUAAGUGAAGCUUGGAAGAAUUUUGAUGCCAUGCUUGCAAAAUACUGCAUUCAGCCCUCUGUUGAACACUAUGCUUGUAUGGUAGGAGUUCUAAGUCGGGCUGGUAAGCUCUCUGAAGCACUGGAAUUCAUUUUGGAAAUGCCAAUUGAGCCAAGUGCCAAGGUUUGGGGUGCAUUGCUCAAUGGUGCUUCAGUUUCUGGUGAUGUUGAACUUGGGAAGUUUGUUUGUGAUCGCUUGUUUGAGAUGGAGCCAGAAAAUACAGGGAAUUAUAUUAUUAUGGCAAAUAUAUUUUCACGAGCUGGAAGAUGGGAAGAAGCUGAGAAGGUAAGGGAAAAGAUGAAGAAUCUCAGGUUGAAGAAGAUCCCUGGCAGUAGCUGGAUUGAAACAAGUGGUGUUCCAAAGUAUUACUGCCAAAGAUGUAUCAAAUGAAAAACUAAAGAAAUUUAUGACGUUUUAGAAGUGCUUGUGGUGAUGAGGGAAGAAGGUUAUGUUUUGUUGGAUGAGUUUGAUGAGGAAAGUUUUUGGGACUGAGCAGCAAGUCUAAAGUUAAAUAGAGUUCUUGCAAAUAUGAAAUGUUUUCAGGAAUCUUAAGAUACACAGAGCAAAUACAAGCCUCUAUUACUGAUGUUGAGUUGUGAUGUUCAUAAGAAUUUUGUGGAUCUUGCACAUAUGGAUAGAGCAGCAGAUGGGAAGCAUAAUUGGACUACUACAAUUACAUCAGAGCACUUAAAACAAGCAUUAGUGCUAGAGAAAGACAUUGUCUUUAAGGGUUCCCGGUCUCAUUGUUAUUAAAGGUCCAGCGCAAGGGCUAGCUGAGUGAACUUCAACAUUCAGAGUGUUGAUCGUCCUUAGUCAAUCUGGGACAGUGAGACACUUGGUUGGGAUUGUACAACUUUGCCAAAUUGCUAAUUUGCAUACAAUACUAUGGUUGUUUGGAUAUGAGAUUGUACAUUAAUUUGAUGGAUUCUGGCACGUGGAGAAUCAUGCUUUGAGUCAUGCUCACAAACAGCCCUGGAGCUACCCAGCUCCAUCAUAUCCAGGAGCUAGACAUCCACAUCUAUGGUCAUCUGGAGUGCAGAAAUUCUAUGCAAUGGUGGUGGAUAGUUUGGAUAUACCACUAUUGAUCAUUCAAUGCCAAGUGAGUUCUACUUCCUGUAGAUUACUCACACAGAGUUGGCUGUAUGUGUUCUGCAUCUUUGGAUUCUCAUUCCGCUUCAAGUCAUGAAAGGUUCGAAGGCAUUGUCAAGCUAAUAAUUUUUUGUUUGAGCCAUUACAGUUUGUUUGCAAGGGAAGAUGCAAUGAAGCAAGCUGUUCAAAGCUUCAUUUUACUUUCCCUUUAAUAUAGAAAAAGUUCUGAGAAUCCUCAUAUUCUUUUCUUUCUCUGAGAAGUAUUUACUAUUUACCGAAGGUUAGUUCAGGGCUUUGUAACUAGUCUGAAGUAGAGCUUCUAGUAUGAAACUAGGCCGAGUUUAAAUGUUGGAAGCAAUCUUGUUAAAAUUUCUUUA